AUAAAGUGUAACUUUUAUUUGCAAGUACAGUCACACCAGGAAUUCAAAUUUGUUUUUUCUCACAAAGAUGUCUAUCAAUCCGAAUGCGGGCGAUGCCCCGGCGGAACCGGAAAUACGCUUAACGCGUAUCAACGACAACUAUUUACAGGAAAUGGAAGAUGAAAUGGCCAAAGAAGCCGAAGGACCACGUAAACCAACCAAAGCCGAGAAAAAGGCUGCCCGCAAAGAGGCCAAACGUGUGCAGGCAAUCGAAGACAAGAAACUGAUCAUGAGAGAUGCCUUUGCCCGGGAAUUGGAAUUGGGUAAACGCAUGGAAAAACGCGGUUCAGAGGAAUGGCAUGAAAUGUGCCAGGAGAUUAAAAUUCGUGAAUUACGUGAAGAGAUUGUCGAUUGGGGUGAGAGGGCCGCUAGGAAUAUUGAACGUAAAAAUGAUCACAUUGCCAUGCUCCUGGACGACAUGGGCCAGACACAGGAUCAGCAUGUUAAAUGCUAUAGCAAAACUAUCGAACUUAUCGAUCAUAUACGUGAGUGUUUUCACACCAUGUUGGAGAGUGCACGCAAGACCUAUGAACAGGAGGCUGAGGAAUUGCUUUGUGAUUAUUAUGAUGAGAUAAAACGUCGUACCGAAGAGGUCGAGCACAUGCAUAACAAUAGCGAGAACAUUAUUCAUGCCUCGAACAUUGUGACACGCGAUCAAUUGAAAGAGGACUAUGAUAUAUAUUUGGAACAGCGAGAUGAUCGCAUCAAUACUGAAAUUGAGAAUCGUUUUCGUAUACGUGAUCAGGUGGUACAUAAAAUGAAUGAUAUGAUGACACAAUUGAAUGAUUUUGUUGAAACUUUACGCAAUACAGAACUUGAUGCCCACAAAUAUGAAAGAAUACGCUGGCUAACCGAACGUCAGCAAUUGUUUCACGUAGAGUCACGUAAAUUGACGGUUGAAGAAUUGAAAUAUCAAAAUAUAUUGAAUGAUAUGCAUCGCGAAAUGUUACGCAUUGAUCUCGAGAAUAAUAGCACAAUCAAUGAUUUACGUUUGGAAUUUCAAUACUUCUCCAAUGUACGCAAGAAGAUCGAAGAUGGUCAGACCAUGGAUGAUCAUAUAACGCAUGAAAAGUUACGCAUUCUAUCGGGAGAAUGUUAUGAAUUGAUCAAGCACUUUGAGAAGCAUGUGAAAAGCGGUGAACUUCUUUUAGCCCUCUCAAUCACUUGCCGCAAAUUACAAACCGAAUCGGAGAAGGUUAUUUUGGGUGGUGAAGUCUACAAUAAAACCGAUUUGGGUCAAAUCAAUGAGAAAUUUAAAUUGGAAACUUUGAAUAUGAAAGAUCAUGUGGAUAUGACUGAAGAUGAGCUAGUUGAGUUAAAUCAAAUGCUUAGCAAUUUCUGGCAUCGUCAGGCCAUGGCACAGGCCCAGAAUAUAUUAUUGCUCCAGGAGAAGGAACGUCUGACCAAAGAGAAUCAGCAUUAUAUUGAUUUCAUCAAAUCGAUGAGCGUCACCGAAAAUGUCGAAGAGCUGCGCUCGGCCAUUAAAGUGAAACCUUGUGAGGAUCAACCGAUGCCGCCAUUUGUCUUCGAUACACCAUGUUUAAGCUAUAAAAUGCGUACAAUACUUCAAUCGCCAAUGGCGGCAAAAAAUGCCAAACAAGAUGCUGAGAAUAUUGUUCACAGCAUGACCAAUUUCUAUGAUUGAUUGAUUGAUUGA